AUUCCCAUUUCCAUUCCCAUUCCUAUUUCCAUUUUUCUAUCUCUAUCGCUCGCUUGCUCUCGUCCCUGCGCCGCGAUCCUGAGCAGCAACCUUCCAUAAAUCUCACUCUUCGUGGCCACCACCCCGAUCUCAGUUUCGCCUGCUUAAACUCAGAGAUUCGAUAGCCUGGUGUACAAGAAUGCGUGAUCAGCAGGCACGGACACUGCCCCGCCUCCAUCCACCGGGGCAAUACUUGAAUGGUGCUCUUUCCUGGUUCGCCACCCGGCACCGACAAACCAACCACCGACAGCAGUCGUUUCUGGCCACUCCUCCAGCGACUCCCCCAGCCGGCUUUCCAGCUACCCUCCCACGCACAUACCCCGCCACCUCCGACUCGAACGGCAAUGCCACAAUACCUGCCAUCCACAGCAGAUCUCCCGGACACUACCAGAUCCAUAUCCCUGUCGUGGCCGACGCUCGCAUGACCCAGUCGCCCCGGAGCUCGACCUCUGCAUUGCCCAUCGGCACCCCUCCCGUCUCGCCCAUUUUCAGUCCGAAUAUUGUCGAAAUCUCGCAUCCCGUUCCCUUCUGCUAUCCCCCGGCCCAGAGUCUGGUUCAGACGGGGUCGUCGCCCGUGCUUCGGAACGACAGCGAGUCCAAUCCUACAGACACCGCCAACGCUCGGCUAAAUUCAGCCUCCAUCCCUCCCACCACGAUUACCAUCGGGACCAUCCCCAUCUCAAGGGUGCAUUCCGCCAUCGUCUCGCCAUACGCACCUCCACAAAACUUUUCAAACCUCACACACUCGUCCAACCCCACCGGGCAUUCCGCCCAUCCAGAGGCAGCAGAUAAGGUCCAGCCCGAUGUUUCUUCCAGCACCGGCACCACGCUUGCAUCCAAUUCCUCGUCACAGCACCGUCUCUCGGACGAAGCCUCCAUCAAGGCGCGCGACGGAAUGGACGACACACACAGAGCCCCUCUUGAAGCUUCCGCCGAGCCCCACAUCGAAGCCAACGACGGAGCCACCAUCAGAACAAACGAAGGCGUCGCCACCACAUCCUCAAGCAUCCAUUCUGGCGACUCACAAGAGUAUCUGUCGAAUCAGGGCCAAAUGGCUGCCAUUUCCAGGGCGUUUGCGUCUCAAACGCCCCAACACACUGCCGCGCUUCUAACUCAAGUUUCGCAAAGCAUCACUACUCCACCCCACGGUGUCCCAGCCACCUUAGAGGUCGAGUCCGAAGCGGCAACUGAGACGUCGUCUCUGCUGCGGGGCGCUCUCUCCACCGCUCCAUCCGACAGACACGUUCCCACACACACAUGCAGCUGCCAGCACCUCGACGAUACCGCCUGCGUCGACCGAGUCUUCAACAUGACCAUCGAGUCGCUCUAUGACGCCAUUUUCUGCCAGGGCGGCUCGAGUGUCGUCCACAAGGCCAUCACCAUGAACAGCGGCACCGACAUUGUCUUUGGGAACUGGGAGUCCAUCAGCAGCAGCGGCUCAAAUCCAUCCUCCAUCAACCUCAGUCGUCGAGUACAGUACAAGUAUGAUGGUCACAUCGCCAUGCCGCUAAUUGGCCCCAUCAAAACGGCCUACAUCGAGGACCAGACCAUCAUCGAUGCCAACCCGUGGGUGCGCACUGUUGAGUGCACCAACAAAUGUCCCCACGCUCCUUAUGGCCACUCAAACUGUGUGGUGUCUCGCUACUGCAUUACCCAUGAAGAUGGCGGUACGGCUCGCCUGAAGGUCCAUGCAAGAGUCGAGUUUACACGAAGCUUGUUGCUUGCAGACCUUAUUCGGCGCGAGUCGAUCGACCACUUCCAAAAGUACAUUGCAAAUCUGUGCACUCUCCUUGACGGCCUUGCAAGUACCUACGGAGCCGACAUUCCAUCGCGCGUUUUCAUGAUUCCCCCGAGCGCACAGCAACGCACACCUUCGCUCCGUCGGCCCUUGAGUAUGGCCAUGCGGCGGCGGACUACUCUAGGCCAAACACCGCCCUCGCGGAUGUCAACGUACUUCCAGCCCGGCAGCGUUAUGGCCGAUGCUGCGAGCAGUGGCUCUAUGGCAAGGCCGCCGCGACGACCACCGCCGUCUCCGCCGGCUUCCGACUCAAUUGCCCAGCCCAAUCCACAUCCCGCCGCCCUCGGAGUCAAUCCCACCGCCACGACCACUCCGACCAUCGUGCGCUACGACGUCUUCCUGGUUCCAGGCCAGUGGCCCACGACUCAGAGUCGCAAUCAGCUGUUUCACCACUACGCCCGCAUCGGCUUCCAGAGAAUCAACGGCCGCUUCGAGCUGCUUCUCUACUUGAUGCACAUCUUGAUGGUUGGCAUCGCCGUCUCCGGAGUAACCGAGCUCGAGCUCCUGGGGAUGCUCUAUUCGCUUGGAGUACAGAUUGGGGACAUCGUUGUUCGAGGCACCACGAGGAGCACAUCCUCUCCGUCCGCUCCUCCGUCCUCCUCUGUGCCUCCAGUCGUUAUUCCCAACCCCAUGAUCGUCGACGGACAGCCCCCAAUCGUCAUCAGCAUCGAGGAUGUAUUUCGGAGACUCCUUCCGGAGAUCUACCGCACUCGCUCUGCGGCAAUCCAGCAGGAGUUCAUCCCCUCUCCCCAGAGCUUUGUUGCCCCCGGCAACGCAGCACCAACAGCCCCUCCCAGCAGAGGCUUCGAUGGCAAUGCCAUCAUGCUGAUUGUUGCCGUGCUGGUCUUUGUCUUGAUCAAAAGAGCGACUACUCGAUAGUCCCAGCC